AUGAUCGAGUUCGUGGACGGCUGGUUUUUUGGCCAUACCUUGGGCGAAGGAGCCUACGGCGAGGUCAAACUAGUCAUAAACAAAUCUACAGGUGAAGUUGUUGCUAUGAAAAUGAUUGACAUAGAGAAACAUCCAGAUGCAAGUCAAACAGUUCGCAAGGAAACCGCUAUUCAUCGUAUGAUGUCAAAUCCUAAUAUUAUACAGUAUUUUGGAAAGCGCAGUGAGCCUAAUAUGGAAUAUAUAUUUUUGCAGUAUGCUUCAGGUGGAGAGUUAUUUGACAGGAUCGAACCUGAUAUCGGUAUGCCAAUAUGGGAAGCACAGAAGUAUUUCAGACAAUUAAUUUCUGGAGUAGAGUAUCUACAUAGUCGAGGAGUUGCGCAUAGAGAUCUUAAACCAGAGAAUCUACUUUUAGAUGAUAAUGAUAAUUUAAAGAUAAGUGACUUUGGAUUAGCAACAAUAUUUCGUAUGCAAGGGAAAGAACGUUUAUUGGAAAAAAAAUGUGGAACAUUACCUUAUGUCGCGCCAGAGGUGCUAGUAAGACCGUAUCAUGCAGAACCUGCGGAUGUAUGGUCUUGUGGAAUUAUCCUUGUGGCUUUACUGGCUGGAGAACUGCCGUGGGAUCAGCCUUUGGCAGAAUGUCCUGAAUAUGUUGCGUGGAAAGAACGGAAAUAUAUGUCUCUCACACCAUGGAAAAAACUGGACAAUUCGUCAUUAUCAUUAAUCAGAAAAAUUCUUGUGGAUUCGCCAUCGGCGAGAUACAAAAUAUCAGACAUUAAACAACACAGAUGGUUUGUCACGAGCUUUAUUAAAGGUGAUGAAGUAGAUGCACGAAGUCAUUUGAGUCAGGCAUCUACAGAGGACGAAAGUUUAAGAAAUGUCUGCUUGUCACAACCUGAAUUCCCUCGAACGGAUAAUGGUAAUACAAUUCAAUUCAAUUUAGAUGAACGUCCAGCGUUUUCAUUUUCCCAACCUGCUCAUAUGGAAGAUCUUUUAUUAUGUACACAAUUACAAGUGCUUACACAGCCCAGUCAGCAAAAUUCAUUCCAAAGAUUAGUCCGCCGAAUGACUAGAUUCUUUGUUAAGAUAGAAUGCGAGGAUAUUGCAAAGAGAUUAAUAAGAUAUUGCGAGAAGGAAAAUUAUGUUUAUCGUGUUAACGAGUUUAGCGUGCUCACAAUAUCGACGAUAGAUCGGCGAAAAAUGCCGCUUGUUUUUAAAGCUAAUUUUAUAGAAAUGGAUGGAAAUGUACUAGUCGAUUUCCGUUUGUCUAAAGGAUGUGGUUUAGAAUUUAAAAGAACAUUCAUUAAAAUUAGAUAUGCAAUGGAAGACGUUAUUCUGAAGAGCUCUGUGGCAUGUGCGAAGAAUCAAUAACAGUGACAGACAUAAUAGAUAUAGGAUCAUGUAAUAAAAAAUAUUUUGUAUUUUGUUUUAUAUAUUUUUAUAAUAAAAUUUUUCAGAUUU